UGAUGCAGGCAUUAGAAUCAGAUUUAAAAAGCAGGUAAAAACACACCUUAUGGAACAUUGGGAACUCUGAACAUGAUAACAUACACAUGGAUUUUGCGUUGUAGAUAUGUGGAAGUGGAGUGUGGGCCUGAGGGAACACAAUUAGUGUGUUGUGAAUUCUGUGGUAAAUGUGUUGUAAUGUUUUUAAAAUUGUAUAACUGCCUUAAUUUUGCCGGACCCCAGGAAGAGUAGCUGCUGGGAUCCAUAAUAAAUACAAAUACAAAUCACUGUUCAUAAUGGCAGUAGCUGUAAUCUCCAAUACAUCACUGUUCGUAAUGGCAGUAGCUGUAAUCUCCAAUACAUCACUGUUCGUAAUGGCAGUAGCUGUAAUCUCCAAUACAUCACUGUUCGUAAUGGCAGUAGCUGUAAUCUCCAAUACAUCACUGUUCGUAAUGGCAGUAGCUGUAAUCUCCAAUACAUCACUGUUCGUAAUGGCAGUAGCUGUAAUCUCCAAUACAUCACUGUUCGUAAUGGCAGUAGCUGUAAUCUCCAAUACAUCACUGUUUGUAAUGGCAGUAGCUGUAAUCUUCAAUACAUCACUGUUCGUAAUGGCAGUAGCUGUAAUCUCCAAUACAUCACUGUUCGUAAUGGCAGUAGCUGUAAUCUCCAAUACAUCACUGUUCGUAAUGGCAGUAGCUGUAAUCUCCAAUACAUCACUGUUCGUAAUGGCAGUAGCUGUAAUCUCUAAUACAUCACUGUUCGUAAUGGCAGUAGCUGUAAUCUCCAAUACAUCACUGUUCGUAAUGGCAGUAGCUGUAAUCUCCAAUACAUCCCUGUUCGUAAUGGCAGUAGCUGUAAUCUCCAAUACAUCCCUGUUCGUAAUGGCAGUAGCUGUAAUCUCCAAUACAUCACUGUUCGUAAUGGCAGUAGCUGUAAUCUCCAAUACAUCACUGUUCGUAAUGGCAGUAGCUGUAAUCUCCAAUACAUCACUGUUCGUAAUGGCAGUAGCUGUAAUCUCCAAUACAUCACUGUUCGUAAUGGCAGUAGCUGUAAUCUCCAAUACAUCACUGUUCGUAAUGGCAGUAGCUGUAAUCUCCAAUACAUCACUGUUCGUAAUGGCAGUAGCUGUAAUCUCCAAUACAUCACUGUUUGUAAUGGCAGUAGCUGUAAUCUUCAAUACAUCACUGUUCGUAAUGGCAGUAGCUGUAAUCUCCAAUACAUCACUGUUCGUAAUGGCAGUAGCUGUAAUCUCCAAUACAUCACUGUUCGUAAUGGCAGUAGCUGUAAUCUCCAAUACAUCACUGUUCGUAAUGGCAGUAGCUGUAAUCUCUAAUACAUCACUGUUCGUAAUGGCAGUAGCUGUAAUCUCCAAUACAUCACUGUUCGUAAUGGCAGUAGCUGUAAUCUCCAAUACAUCCCUGUUCGUAAUGGCAGUAGCUGUAAUCUCCAAUACAUCCCUGUUCGUAAUGGCAGUAGCUGUAAUCUCCAAUACAUCACUGUUCGUAAUGGCAGUAGCUGUAAUCUCUCUUUACCUCUAAUUUCCAUGUUUCCUUUUCCUCUCCAUCCCUCAUUCAUUAUAGUCAGUACUAACCAGGCAGGAGAUUGUUACAACAGUGUUAAGGUUAUGAGUUGUAGGUGAAUGGUGUUAUGUGAUU